GGACGGUGUCAUCACGACCGAGAUAGCCUUCGUUGAAUGAGUUGUUUGUUUGUUCCCCAACAGUUAGGUUCAAAAACUUGUCCAAACUCACUUGAAAAGCCCUCGCCUUUCGGCAUGAGUAACACUCCCUCUCGAGCGUUCGCUAUCUUAAAGCCGAAUUUUGUGCAGUAUAGGCUAAAUAUUGAGACUGAGAUUGCGGAGGCGGGUUUUGAGAUCGUCAAGGCGCGUCAAAUCCAUUUCAAUCCUGAGGACGAAUCUCUCGAGGAAGUAUUUGGUCAUGACGCUAGUUCACUCAGGAAUGGUCCUACAUGGGUGUACGUCGUCGACAAGGAAAAUGCUAUCCAGGACCUCGUGACGCUCAUCGGUGACGAAGACCCAAACAUCGCUCGCAUGAGCUCUCCCAACUCGAUCCGCGCCAAGUUCGGUGAAACUCUGGAAGAGAACGUGAUGUACGUGGCGCCCGACCGCGACGUUGUAGAGCUUCUCAUCUCUGCCGUAUUCCAAUCCUCUCCUCCUUUCCCUCCCGCGGCUUUCCCCAAUGAGGAUGAGGAUGUUCUGAGGAUUGACGACCUUACCCUCGAUGAGGCACCUUCCUCUCGCGUCCUAUCCGAUAGCUCCAAUGGAAACGGGAGCCGCAGCACAGAACGUGCCAACCAAGGGCGGAACAGCCUGUUUAAGGCGAGGGCGGUGCCUCCUACAACUGCAGCACCUUCCAUUCAGCCCCGUACCACGAAGGCAGCUGCACUUCGAGCAGGAUUGAUAGUUCCUAGUCGAGCAACAUGCAAGCCCCGUGCUCCUCUAACCAAGGAGGAGCUGGCAAGGACUUUUGCCAAUGUACCUGGACAUAAGCGCUCCGAAACGAUUGCCGUUGCCUCCACGGCUCCUCCAACUGUGACACCUCGCGCAACUCGGGCUUCCUUGCUCCGGCAGGGAGUGGACGUUCGACAAUCACCUAAGACCCGCCCAUCCCGCCCAUCCACUGCAGGUGUCUCCACCACUUCGGACACUCCUGGAUAUAAGCGUCAGCUCAAUAUUCAAGUUGCCAGCACAGCACCGCCCGCCAUUCAACCUCGCCCCACCCGAGCCUCUGCCUUACGAACAGGCCAAGCUGUCUCGCCACCUAAAAAAACUGUUCCUCGAGACCCCAGUGAUAUUGCAGCAGAAAUUUUCAUUGGAGUCCCGGGGCAUAAGCGCAGGGAGUCCAUAUCUGUUGCCAGCACACGUCCUCCUGCCACCACACCCCGUCUUAACCGCAGCGCUACUCUUCGUGCACGACGCAGUCUCUCCGUCUUGGGGCCACCAUCUUCGUUUACCCUCAAGGAGAACACUCUACCUAAUGAUAACGUCCAGGCGACUUCUACGACCUCCAAGGCACUGUCGUCUUCGUCGACCCUCUCUGUAGCUCAACCACAACGCCCUGCUGUGACACGUGGUCGGACAAGCACCCGUGCACCUCCCAGUGCAUAUCAUGCCCCAAAAGCCUACUCAACUUCUCCCCCACCUACCACAUCUCGCUCGUCGAGUGUUGCAAGACCGGCUUCCAUCGUACGCCCGCCUUCUAUCGAACCAAAGACAAACAGGAGCGCCAUGCUUCGCGCUCGGAAAAUGGGGAUAGCCAUCCCGCAGGUUCUGGUUGCUUGA